CCCCCCUGGAUUCGCCGGCAGCCGGGCCCGGGGCUUCAGACAUGCCCCCCAGGAGACUGUGCUGGGCAGACGAUGCUGGACACCAUGGAGGCGCCGGGCCACUCGAGGCAGCUGCUAUUGCAGCUCAACAACCAGCGCACCAAGGGCUUCUUGUGCGACGUGAUCAUCGUUGUGCAGAACGCCCUCUUCCGCGCGCACAAGAACGUGCUGGCGGCCAGCAGCGCCUACCUCAAGUCCCUGGUGGUGCACGACAACCUGCUCAACCUGGACCAUGACAUGGUGAGCCCUGCCGUGUUCCGCUUGGUGCUGGACUUCAUCUACACCGGCCGCCUGGCGGAUGGCGAGGAGGCGGCGGCGGCCGUGGCUCCGGGGACCGAGCCGAGCCUGGGAGCAGUGCUGGCUGCUGCCAGCUACCUGCAGAUCCCUGACCUCGUGGCACUGUGCAAGAAGCGCCUCAAACGCCACGGCAAGUACUGCCACCUGCGGGGCGGCGGCGGCGGCGGCGGCGGCUACGCGCCCUACGGGCGGCCGGGCCGGGGCCUGCGUGCCGCCACGCCAGUCAUCCAGACUUGCUACUCGUCCCCCGCCGGGCCCCCGCCGCCCCCCGCCGCUGAGCCGCAGUCAGGCCCGGAGGUCGCGGUGAACACGCACUGCGCAGAGCUCUACGCCUCGGGCCCCGGCCCUGCAGCUGCGCUCUGUGUCCCGGAGCGUCGCUGCUCCCCACUCUGCGGCCUGGACCUGUCCAAGAAGAGUCCUCCAGGCUCCGCUGUCCCCGAGCGGCCUCCCGGCGAGCGCGAGCUGCCCCCACGCUCAGACAGCCCUCCCGGCGCUGGCCCUGCCGUCUACAAGGAGCCGCCUCUCACCCUGCCGCCGUUGCCGCCGCUGCCCUUCCAGAAGCUGGAGGAGGCCGCACCUCCUCCGGACCCUUUCCGUGGCGGCAGCAGCAGCCCGGGACCCGAGCCCCCUCCCGGCCGCCCCGACGGCCCCAGCCUCCUCUAUCGCUGGAUGAAGCACGAGCCGGGCCUGGGCAGCUACGGCGACGAACUGGUCCGAGAACGGGGCUCGCCAGGCGAGCGCUGCGAGGAGCGCGGCGGGGACGCAGCCGUCUCGCCCGGGGGUCCCCCGCUCGGCUUGGCGCCGCCGCCGCGCUAUCCCGGAAGCCUGGACGGGCCGGGCGCAGGAGGCGACGGCGACGACUACAAGAGCAGCAGCGAGGAGACGGGCAGCAGCGAGGACCCCAGCCCACCCGGCGGCCACCUGGAGGGCUACCCGUGCCCGCACCUGGCGUACGGCGAGCCGGAGAGCUUCGGUGACAACCUGUAUGUGUGCAUCCCGUGCGGCAAGGGCUUCCCCAGCUCCGAGCAGCUCAACGCGCACGUGGAGGCGCACGUGGAGGAGGAGGAGGCGCUGUACGGCCGGGCCGAGGCGGCUGAGGUGGCUGCCGGGGCUGCUGGCCUGGGGCCCCCUUUUGGCGGCGGCGGGGACAAGGUCGCUGGGACUCCGGGGAGUCUGGGCGAGCUGCUGCGGCCCUACCGCUGCGCGUCGUGCGACAAGAGCUAUAAGGAUCCGGCCACGCUGCGGCAGCACGAGAAGACACACUGGCUGACCCGGCCCUAUCCGUGCACUAUCUGCGGGAAGAAGUUCACGCAGCGCGGGACCAUGACGCGCCACAUGCGCAGCCACCUGGGCCUCAAGCCCUUCGCGUGCGACGCCUGCGGCAUGCGCUUCACCCGGCAGUACCGCCUCACUGAGCACAUGCGCAUCCACUCGGGCGAGAAGCCCUACGAGUGCCAGGUGUGCGGCGGCAAGUUCGCGCAGCAACGCAACCUCAUCAGCCACAUGAAGAUGCACGCUGUGGGCGGAGCAGCGGGCGCAGCCGGGGCGCUGGCGGGCCUGGGGGGUCUGCCCGGCGUCCCCGGCCCCGAUGGUAAGGGCAAGCUCGACUUUCCAGAGGGCGUCUUUGCUGUGGCCCGCCUCACGGCUGAACAGCUGAGCCUGAAGCAGCAGGACAAGGCGGCUGCGGCCGAGCUGCUCGCGCAGACCACGCACUUCCUGCACGACCCCAAGGUGGCGCUCGAGAGCCUCUACCCGCUGGCCAAGUUCACCGCGGAGCUGGGUCUCAGCCCGGAUAAGGCGGCUGAGGUGCUCAGUCAGGGCGCGCACCUGGCUGGCGGACCCGACGGCCGGACCAUCGACCGUUUCUCUCCCACCUAG